AGAUUGAGCUCACAUCUCCUUGGCUGCAGCACACAAUUAAAGCCUUCUUCUGAAACAGGAAUUAAAAGAAAUUAAAGAAUGUGCAUUGUGAAGACCAUGUUUCUCUAGCUGUGCGACUGCAAGGUCACUAGGCAGAUGGUGUGCCAGCAGUUUGUUCCUUCUGAUGUUCGGACGUGCUGGGAGUUUCUUCCUUCUGGCGGAGUUCGUGGUCUCGCUGGCUCAGGAGUGAAGCUGCGGACCCUCACGGAAAAAGGAAUCCAAGUGUGUUUUAACCAUGCUGACCAGCAAGGGGCAGGGAUUCCUUCAUGGGGGCUUGUGUCUCUGGCUGUGUGUGUUCACACCUUUCUUUAAAGGCUGUGUGGGCUGUGCAACUGAGGAGAGGCUCUUCCACAAGCUGUUUUCUCAUUACAACCAGUUCAUCAGGCCUGUGGAAAACGUUUCUGACCCUGUCACGGUACACUUUGAAGUGGCCAUCACCCAGCUGGCCAACGUGGAUGAAGUAAACCAGAUCAUGGAAACCAAUUUGUGGCUGCGUCACAUCUGGAAUGAUUAUAAAUUGCGCUGGGAUCCAAUGGAAUAUGAUGGCAUUGAGACUCUUCGCGUUCCUGCAGAUAAGAUUUGGAAGCCCGACAUUGUUCUCUAUAACAAUGCUGUUGGUGACUUCCAAGUAGAAGGCAAAACAAAAGCUCUUCUUAAAUACAAUGGCAUGAUAACCUGGACUCCACCAGCUAUUUUUAAGAGUUCCUGCCCUAUGGAUAUCACCUUUUUCCCUUUUGAUCAUCAAAACUGUUCCCUAAAAUUUGGUUCCUGGACGUAUGACAAAGCUGAAAUUGAUCUUCUAAUCAUUGGAUCAAAAGUGGAUAUGAAUGAUUUUUGGGAAAACAGUGAAUGGGAAAUCAUUGACGCCUCUGGCUACAAACAUGACAUCAAAUACAAUUGUUGUGAAGAGAUAUACACAGAUAUAACCUAUUCUUUCUACAUUAGAAGAUUGCCGAUGUUUUACACGAUUAAUCUGAUCAUCCCUUGUCUCUUUAUUUCAUUUCUAACCGUGUUGGUCUUUUACCUUCCUUCGGACUGUGGUGAAAAAGUGACGCUUUGUAUUUCAGUCCUGCUUUCUCUGACUGUGUUUUUGCUGGUCAUCACAGAAACCAUCCCGUCCACAUCUCUGGUGGUCCCACUGGUGGGUGAGUACCUGCUGUUCACCAUGAUCUUUGUCACACUGUCCAUCGUGGUGACUGUGUUUGUGUUGAACAUACACUACCGCACCCCAACCACGCACACCAUGCCCAGGUGGGUGAAGACAGUUUUCCUGAAGCUGCUGCCCCAGGUCCUGCUGAUGAGGUGGCCGCUGGACAAGACAAGGGGCACAGGCUCUGAUGCAGUGCCCAGAGGCCUUGCCAGGAGGCCUGCCAAAGGCAAGCUUACAAGCCGUGGGGAACCCAGACAUCUUAAAGAAUGCUUCCAUUUUCACAAAUCAAAUGAGCUUGCCACAAGCAAGAGAAGAUUAAGUCAUCAGCCAUUACAGUGGGUGGUGGAAAAUUCGGAGCACUCGCCUGAGGUUGAAGAUGUGAUUAACAGUGUUCAGUUCAUAGCAGAAAACAUGAAGAGCCACAAUGAAACCAAGGAGGUAGAAGAUGACUGGAAAUACGUGGCCAUGGUGGUGGACAGAGUAUUUCUUUGGGUAUUUAUAAUUGUCUGUGUAUUUGGAACUGCAGGGCUAUUUCUACAGCCACUACUUGGGAACACAGGAAAAUCUUAAAAUAUAUUUUCUUUUAUGUUCAGAAAUUUACAGACACCAUAUUUGUUCUGCAUUCCCUGCCACAAGGAAAGGAAAGCAAAGGCUUCCCACCCAAGUCCCCCAUCUGCUAAAACUGUUGGCUAGAUGGAAAAAGAGGACUUUCUUGCACAUUAGGAAGCAGAAUAUCCUCCAGUGUAGCACAGGGGGAGAAGUGAGAACUGUUAUGACAUUAGUGCCCUGAUUGGGCAGCACCCACGGCUACAGUAUCAGGUCAGGUUUCUCGUGUCCGUGUGUUUGGCUUCUAAAGACAAGAAUGACUUACAAUACAGCCUAAUUAUGUAAUUAACAUCAAGCCACACUAAAAAGUUCUGCUGUACCUCCAGUGGAUGCUGUUUCUCAGUAUUAUGACAUGUGACAGGUGAACUCUGGGAAUUGACCAUGCAACAUUUGUGAACUGUUUGCAACACUUUGUGAACUAUUGCAUCCUUGAUUUCUUGUGCAUGUCUCUGUAAUGUAACUCACCCUCCUCAGCAUUAUUUGAUACACUGAUUGUUAGUUUAAAAAAAAAAAAAAAAACAGUUUGGUCAGGUGUGGUGGCCUGUAAUCCCAGCACUUUGGAGGCUGAGGAAGGAGGAUUGCUUGAGCCCUGGAAUUCAAGACCAGCCUGGGCAACAUAGGGAGACCCUGUGUUACAAAAAUAAAAACAUUAGCCACUGUAGUGUUUUGCACCUGUGGUCCUAGCUACUUGGGAGGCUGACACGGGGAGGAUUGCUUGAGCUUGGGAGGCUGAGGCUACAGUGAGCCAUGAUCACACCACUGCACUCCAGCCUGGGUGACAGAGUGAGACCCUGUCUCAAAAAUAGAUAAAUAAAUAAAAACUACCAGAUAGGGUCUUUCUCAACAGGCUGUAUUUGCUUAGCAUUCAUCUGGCAAGAAGCUUAAGUGGAAACUCAGCACUGUGCUAGGCAUUGCAAGGAUGACAAGCAAUGGGGUCUUUCCCACAAGUGCUUGUAGCUUCUUAGGAAAAGUCAUAGCUAUGAAGACUGCAGGCCAGAUGUCAUCUGGGGAAUGUCACUAGAGCAACCAGAAUAGGAGAACAUGACGUGACGUGUCCAGGCAAGCCUAAAGCAACCCCUUUGUUGUGGGUUGGAAAAAGUUGUCUUUCUAGUCUUUUUAAUUUAUUUUUAUUUUUAUUUUUGAGACAGAGUCUUGCUGCGACGCCCAGGCUGGAGUGUGAUGGUGCAUUCUCGGCUCACUGCAACCUCUGAUUCCCCCGGUUCAAGUGAUUCUCCUGCCUCAGCCUCCCAAGUAGCUGGGACUACAGGUGUGUGCCACCACGCCCGGCUAAUUUUUGUAUUUUUAGUAGAGACGGGGUUUCACCAUGUUGGCCAGGCUGGUCUCGAACUCCUGACCUCAAGUGAUCCACCUGCCUCAGCCUCCCAAAGUACCAGGAUUAUAGGCGUGAGCCACCGUGCCCAGCAGUCUAGUCUUUUUUCAUCAACAGUUUUCAUUUCUUCAUUGUACUGAUACGGAAAAUAAAGUUAUUUCUUUUCUUUUCUUUUUUCUUUUUGAGACAGAGUUUCAUUCUUGUUGCCCAGGCUGGAGUGCAAUGGUGCGAUCUCGGCUCACUGCAACCUCUGCCUCGGGGGUUCAAGCGAUUCUCCUGCCUCAGCCUCCCGAGUAGCUGGGAUUACAGGCAUGUGCCAUCAUGCCCAGCUAAUUUUGUAUUUUUAAUAGAGAUGGGGUUUCUCCAUGUUGAUCAGGCUGGUCUCGAACUUCUGACCCCAGGUGAUCUGCCUGCCUCGGCCUCCCAAAAUGCUGGGAUUACAGGCGUGAGCCACAGCGCCCAGCCUCAGUUAUUUCUUUUUUUUAAAUUUCAUUUAGGUUUUUAGUUUUAAGUUGGGUCCAAUGCCACGUGCAUAUUUCUUAUAUAAGGAAUUAUAAUCUUGGAGCUUUUGGAGCAAUUCCUUUUCUGAGAGGGAGAAGCUUGGGAAUUCUGUUUUAUCGUACUCUGAUUAUCUUCUUAUUUGUCGUUUAAAUAUUAUAACAAUUUUAAACAUGUAUUUUAAGGCAGAAAACAAUAAAUCAAAUCUAACAAAGGAAAUAAUUUCAUUUGUGCCUUUUCCCUUCUAGUCUUUGUCCGUAU